GAUCCCGGCUCCGCGAUGGAGGCGCUGCGGGCGGCGGGGCGCGCCGUGCUGCGGAGCCCGCGCCUGGCCCGGCACGGCCUGGGUCUCCGCCGGCGGCGCAAGCUUCCUGAGAGCUGGGCUGAUAUGCAGGAGCCAUUGCUUGAGGGGAUGUGCUUCACCCUCAAGUAUCUGGGCAUGACGCUGGUAGAAAAGCCAAAAGGAGAAGACAUGGCUGCUGCUGCCAUCCGUAGGAUCGUGGCCACGGCACGGGUUGGAGCUCGCAAGUUUCAGAAGGUGAUUCUGACAGUGUCUCCAAGGGGCAUCUCACUACAGGAUGCAGACACUAAGGAGAUGGUGGAGAACAUCUCCAUCUACAGGAUCUCCUACUGCACAACAGACAAGCUGCAGAACAAAGUCUUUGCUUAUGUUGCCCAGAGCCAGGAGAGCGGGGCACUGGAGUGCCAUGCCUUCCUCUCACCCAAGAAGAAGAUUGCCCAGGCUGUUACUUUGACUGUGGCCCAGGCCUUUCAGAUGGCACUGGAUCUCUGGGAAGCAACACAUGCAGGCUCUAGGCAGGAUCAGCCCCUUCACCCUUCAUGUGUCUUGGAGAGCAGUGAGCCCGGCAGACCCUGUGAGCCAGCCCCCCCAGGGAGUGCUCCCUUCACACACCAGUUUGGGGAGGAGGAGGAGGAGGAGUUGGAGGAGGAGGAAGAUGAUAGUAUCAGUGAAACCUUAUCUGGCAGCAUGGAGGAGCUGGGGAGGGGAGCCCACAGCCCAGCAGGUAAGUUUCCUCAGUGCUGCACUGGCUCAUCCCCCAUGUCCUCUGUAAGGCAAGGGGGGGCUGAUGCACACCUGGGAAUGUCUGCUUCCCCUCGCAGGCUGUGCUGGGCUCCCAGCCAUACACCUUAUGGUCCAUGCCUUCCUUUCUCUCACUUUUCAGAACUAAUACCUCUUGUGCCCCCACCAAGCUCUCCUACAGCACAGCUACUGUGCUACCGCCUGGGGCCACCCCCGGACAGCUGGAUGGUGCUGGCAGGGGCUGGAGACUGCCCCAGCACUGGCCCCAGGACUGCUGACCCCAAGACUCCCCUGGGCUAAGCCAAAUCUCUGCAACAAUGGACCAGCCACUCAGGAUUCACCCUGUGCCUGCACCUGGGCCAGCCAGUGCCUGCCGCUGCCCUCCGGCACGGGGGCUGCUGGCACUGCUGCCGUGGAGUGCACAGGCUGCAACACCUGCUCCUUGUGCUGUGCUGCCUGCAUGAACCUCCUCGAGCUGCAGCUGCUCCCAGCUUGGGCUGGGCUCCCACGCUCCUCGCUCUGCUCACUCCCAGGCCAUGCAGGACCACCCCGUGUGCUCUGAGCCUGCCUGAUGCAGGCAGUGUGCAUCCUCAGGGAGCAACAGCUCUUGGCCUGGAGCAGUGUGUGACGAAGGCCUUGCCCCUGCAGUUCAGCCCCAUACCCUCUCACAAGUGAAAUGGCCUGGUUUUUAAAGGAAAGCUCUGCCUUUAUAGAGAAAUAAACUGAGUUUUUUACUGUU